AACAGUUUGAGACCAAACGCUCCAGUUUUGUUUUUUGUCUGGUACAGUUUCUGUUAGUCUGGACCUCCAUGCUCUUCAGUCACUGAUCGGUCUGAUUGUGUAUUGAUCAGGGGGAGCACGAUGACGCCCUGCAGGCUGCUCCUGUGGCAGGUGGCUCUCAGAGUGUCCUGCCACCUUGUUACAGCCACCCUGUGUCUGGGCGGCUCGGACAUCUUCACAUCGGUCAGAGAGAACAGUCCGAAGGGCCAGUUCAUCUCCGACAUCAACAUCACCGUCGACCCGGGAUCCAACACCGUCCGCCUGUGUCUGGCGGGACAGAACGCCGACUGGUUCUACCUGGAGGGUCGAUCCAUCAGACUCAACUUAUCAGGAUCCAGAGUUCUUGACCGAGAGGUCCAGGGUCCGAUCCUCAUCGCAGAGCUCACCUGUUACGAAGACGACGUCCUGCAGACCCGCUUCCGGAUCCUGGUGGAGAUUCUGAACGAAAACGACAACAAGCCCAUAUUCGUGGAGGAAACGAUCCGGCCGCUCAGCGUCAGCGAGCUGACGGCGGUGAACUCAGUGGUUUUCACUGUGAAGGCCGUCGACCCCGACGGGGACCUAAUCAGCUACGUCAUUGAUCAGUCAUCGGGCGACGCCUGGUUCUUCAGGAUCGACCUGCCGAACUCCGGGAAGGUGGUUCUGGACAAACCGCUGGACUACGAGAGCAGGACCCAGCUGCAGCUUGUCAUGUGGGCCCAGGAAUCGAACACGGCCGAGAAGUUCAAAGUCUCGACGGAGCUCACGGUGGACGUGGUGGACGGAGACGACCAGUACCCCCACUUCCUGCCCUGCACACCCGUGUCCCCAGGUGUCCCCGUCUGUAUGAGCCCUGUCUACACGGCCAACAUCACGCGGAAACACCAGGCCGGCAUCCUGGACUUCUCUCCUGGUCCGAUCCGAGCCGAGGACGGCGACAGAGGAAUCGACGCGCCGCUCGUCUACACGAUCCUCUCAGGUGAUGACCAGGGCAGGUUUGUGAUCAACGAGACGACAGGUGAGGUGAACCUGACCCGGGCCGUGGACGACCGACUGCAGGAGGCUAACUUCACCAUCAGCGUCGUGGUGAGCCAGGCGGACGACCGGCUGAAGUACAGCGUGGCCUCGGUUCUGGUCCGGGUUCUGUGUGAGAACGUGUUUCCACCAGCCUUCAACAGAACCACCUUCAAAGGGUUCGUGAUCCAGAACUCCAGCCCUGCCUCCAUCGUCUCCACCUACGGGAACCGGGUGCUGCAGAUGCAGGCGCUGGACGGAGACUUCGCUGAUGGCGUCAACCCCAACAUCCGCUACCACCUCCACCCCCCGUCCCCCCUGUACCAGGUGACCCGGGAGGGCGUCCUGAUCGGCCGGACGGACCGGCUACACGCCUUCGACAGACACAUCCUCCAGGUCAUCGCCAGGGACGAGGAGUCCGGAGAGGAGGUUUCGGCUUCGGUGGACAUCGAAGUCCUGCAGAGGGGACAAACGGUGCCACGCGGUGCGUUCACGGAGCAGCAGCUGUUCGGAGACGUGGACGGCCGGCUGGCGGGAGGAGUCGCCGUGCUGAUCCUGCUGGCUAUUCUGGCGGCGGUUCUGUUCGUGAUGCUUCAGACGAUCCGGAGGAGGCAGCAGGAGAACCCCGCUCAACAUGCUGAGGCCUCUGGGAAACUCCCCCGCGUGGUGAACCCGAGUCCGCCUGCCUUCAUGGAAGCGGCCGCGUACCACGGCACAGCUUUCAGUCACCAGUCAGGCAGUUUCCACGGUAGAGAAGGUGUUUACACCCGGCGGCCGUCCCUGCCACCCCCUCCUCCUCCUCAUCCAGCGCCGCCAUCGUGGACCAGACCUUCCGCCCCUCCGGAGGUCCUCAUGGGCGAGCCGGUCGGACUCCGCCGGCUUCAGACCGAACUCUUCGUCGUUGUGGAGGAACCCGAAGGGGGAAGUUCGUCCUGGGAAACGCUCAGAGCAGACGACGUCCCGGGAGGUCAGCGGUCGGCCGGCGAGGACGUCCCCGCAGAGGACGAGGACGUGAAAACAGAGCAGUGCAGGAAACUUCGGAUCCUUUAUCCAGUCGAUGAGAGAGCAGAAAAACCAACCACACCUGAGAUGUACCCAGAGACGUCAGCCUGAUAGUUCCAGGAACCAAAUCAUGUUUACUUUUUGAUGUUUUUAUCGGAUGUCGACUCAUAUUGAUCUAUGAAUAAAAAUGUACAG